AUGCGCCCUGGACUCGCAGAUGACAUCCAACAGAUCGACGAUGCUCGAAAGACCGCGGUCAUAGACAGGAAACUCUCAAGACUGGGCAUUGACAUCGCCUGCCUGCAAGAGACUCGUCUGGCUGACAGCGGUUCUAUCAGAGAGACCAACAACUCCUUCUUCUGGCAGGGUCGGCCUCAGGAUGACCCAAAGGCAACACGGCGUAGGCGUCGCUGUUUCGCCAACGUCCUCUGCAUCUACGCGCCAAAGCUCUGUGCCACCCCAGAUGUCAGGGACCAGUUCUAUGAGACCAGACGAGUCUCUUGCAGGCAGGCGAUGUCAUUGCCCAGUCUUGAGAGUUUCCUGUGUAUGAUUGAGGUCUUUCGAGCUGCAAAAGUGAGACUGACAACCAAGAAAAUACACCGCUCCAAAACCAAGGGCCUCCCUCGCAUCAACACCUGUCGCUACAAUGACCCUGAGGGCUCUCGCCGCUUCCAAACCACCUUUAGCGCGAACGUCGACACAUCCUCCUUCAGUGCCACUGACAUCGACAGUAGAUGGCACCACUACCGUGAUGCCAUAUACAUCUCAGCCCUUACUGCGUUCGUGAAGAAGGAUCGUUGA